GUAACGGAACGCAUAUAACCUCAAAAAAUAUUUUUGAAAGAAUUUUUGUUAUGUCGUAAUGUUAUCGUAGUUAUUUGUCUGGACGUUUUGCCUACAAAUAUGGCUAAAUAUAUAGCUCAAAUAAUAGUGUUGGGUGCUCAAGUUGUCGGGCGAGCGUUCGCAAGGGCGUUGAAGCAAGAAAUAGCAGCAUCUCAGGAGGCAGCUAAGAGAGCUGGUGGUGGACCCGAAGGUGCUAGAAGAGCAGCAGCAAACGCCUCCACAGGCGUCACCCUAGAAGAAGCUAUGCAAAUUUUAAAUUUAGAUAAACUAGACCCAGAGAAAAUUCAGAAAAAUUACGAACACUUGUUCUCAGUGAAUGAUAAGGCGAAAGGGGGUUCAUUCUAUUUACAAUCAAAAAUUGUGAGAGCAAAAGAAAGAAUAGACGCGGAAUUCAAGCAAAAACAGUCGCAAGAAGAACAAAGUCGACCGAAGGACACAUCGUGAGGCUACACUAUACCCGGACUGUAUCAUAGUUUAAUAUUUCGAUAGUUUAUUUCCAUGGUAGUGACUUGUUUUAGAAAAACAAGUAGGAGUUUUGUAAAAUAUUUUAUUACGUAGAAAAUGAUUACCACAAUAGUGACUAGAAUACAUCAGUCUUCAUAAUAUAAAUGUGGAUUAUAAUAAUUAUGUAAUUUCUGCAAACAAAAACCUACAAAAGUAGUUAUUUAUGAAGCAUGCUUGUUCAAAAGCUUAGGCAAGACUACUACAAUACAAAGGAAUCAUUAAAUUUGUUAAGCAUUUACUACA